AUGGCGAGCGCUGGGUCUUCUUGGGCCCUUCUUUGGCUUUUCCUUGGCUUCUCGUCCUUCUUCCAGGGAUCUGGCGCAUCGAUCUGCCCAGACGGGGCACCCGAAGCGCCCGAAGCCUGCAACAAUCAUGCAUUCGACUGCAUUUCCGGACGAGCUGCCGAUCCAUGCGAAUGUCUCGAGGGUUUCUAUCCUGUCGGGAAGCAGGGGUGGUAUCCCGACACGCAGCGCGGCUACGAGUUCGCUUGUUGUCCAGGCCAAGGAGAUGGCCGCAGCUGCGGGGAAGAAGGGAUAGUGGUGAUCCUGUCCUUCUCUCUGCUGGGCGCCGGCAUCGUUGGAUUUGCAGUCUGCACUUUCUUCAUCAAGCAUCCGAGAGGUCUGGAGCCCUUGAAGCGUGAAGAUGUGGCCCUGAAAGAGAGUCCCAUCGUGCAUGACGGGUGGAAGCUUCAUCAAACAGUGGAAGAGCAUCUCUGGUGCGUGACACUUGAUGACCUGAAGCAGUUUCGCCGCCUUGUGGGUCAUGCCAUCGCAGAAGGAGUGAUCAAGCCCACUAGCCAGGAUCCCUUUGACACCACCGACAUGCUCAUCGGCCCUUCCAUGUACACAGUCAACAUGCAAUACAUCAAGCCGGUGACUUCCGCCGCUGGCAACCCAUCCUGGGCAUUGAUGAAGCACCCUAAGGGUUUGAAAUGCGACGUCUUCAUCACACAUGGGUGGGCCGAGGGUAUCUUCGAGUUCGUGGACCAGGUUGUGAAUUCCUGGCCCUUCGGUGCGAAAGCUGCGUAUGUCUGCUUCCUGUCCAAUCCGCAGAAUCUGGACAUUGGUGACCGAGUUCUUGUUAAGGAACCGUUUUACACAUAG